AUGGCUAUCAACCGACAAUUCGAUGGUCCUGCUUCAUAUGCCGCCCCAUAUCCCGAGGAGCAGGCCGAUAUGGACCCCGAUUCCGGCAUCAGAGAUCGUUCCAAGACAGAGCAACUCGACGGUGGUGACCGCGUUUCCGCGGCCGGAGACACAGAGAUGAGCGAUGAUGAAGACCAAGACCCCAAUACAACCGGCGGUCUACUCGAUGGAAGAUUUCCCCUAGUCCCGGGGGGUGGAACCUAUAUACAGGUCCCCAUCUACCUGAACCACAUCGUCGACGACUCCAGGGAAGCCUGGCUCAUUGCUAUCCGAUGUGCUGCCGAUGCGGUGUGGUCAACCAUUCGAGAUGUGUUGGCGACUGGCAUUGACGUCGACAGCCGGCUAGCUGAGCUGGAGCCUAUUCGCCUCCUAAUGCUGAAUUUCCAACUCCUCAAUCUCGCCCAGAGACUGCAGUAUCAGAAGAUCAGCUCCCGCAUCUCGCUCCUCGGUCAUAAGUUGAUCUCAAAGCACCAUGCAGGCACGAACGGGGUCUCGGAUGCUCUCUUUGCUUUCAUCAAGAAGGCAAAUCUUGAUGAGUCGAUCAAGGACGCGUAUCCUCCUGUGUGGGCAGAAAUGGUCGAGACGCACCGUCAGAGAAGACAGGGUACGGGUAUCGCAUCUUCAUCUACCCCACAGCAGUAG